AAGAGGACAGAAAAUAAAAGCGUGCUCUGUAUCUCUAGAGACACAUCCUCAACUGUACCUAAUAGUCUCCCCAGUACUGCUCGUGCUUUUGCUGCAUCUCACCAGAAGAGGGUAGAGUCUGGGAAGCACUUGACGUCAGCCUGGAAUUCCUAUUGUGCAUGAAAAACAGCAAGGGGAAAACAAGCACAACUUUCUCCUUGGCGCACGCUGCAAACCGUUGCACAAAGGAGUCGGCGAGCCGUUCCAGAAGACCUCUGGAUACAAAGACACUCGGCAGAUUUUUUCCUUAUGAAGACAAAACACUGCAACAGCUGCUCUUAGUAGGAUAUACAUUUCCUCUCUCCAAACUGUCUGUUUAGUUCACUUUCAGGUACAAGACCUAGAGCACAUGGAUAUACUUCUCUGAUGACAAAGACAGCUCCAAACAAUCGCAAAUGCCGGUGAGUUUCUCUAAGUGUUUCUCCUUUUCUUUUCUUUUUUAAAGUCAGCUGUCUAAAAACAAGAGCUGCUUUCCAAACGACUGUGCUGUCCCUCACAAGUGGCUGGCGGACUUCUUCCUUCUUCACAGCAGCUUGUUGCAUACUUUCGUAGCCUGCAGGUCUGUUUCUCCUUUGUUAGUCCUCUUCAAAUGCCAUUGCCUUCAAAAUUUAUUCAUAGCUAGCUUUUGAUUUCUUGCAAAUCCAUUCCGGUCAAGAUUUUGGGGGCAGACAAGGCUGGAGAAAACAAGGUUGUGAUAACAUUUAAAAUGGCAAGUGAAGCUAGUUUUCAAGAGCUGGACAGUGGUGGGUCAGAAAACAGUGAAGAAACGGAGAUUAUCAUCAAUGUUGGUGGGGUGAGACAGGUGCUGUAUGGAGAUCAUCUCAACCAGUAUCCCGACACCAGGCUAGCAAAGCUAGUGAACUGUUUAUCAGGGGGAUAUGACACCAUUUUCUCCCUUUGUGAUGACUAUGAUCCUGGGAAGAGAGAAUUUUAUUUUGACCGAGACCCAGAUGCCUUUAAAUGCAUAAUCGAGGUCUACUACUUUGGGGAGGUCCACAUGAAGAAAGGAAUAUGCCCCAUCUGUUUCAAGAAUGAAAUGGAGUUUUGGAAAGUGGACCUGAAAUUCCUGGAUGAUUGUUGCAAAACUCUCCUCAGUGAGAAAAAGGAAGAACUUGAAGAGAUCACCUGCCGGGUCCAGCUGAUCUUGGAUGACUUGGGGUGGGACAAAUCUGAAAACCGGUGGAAGAAGUGCCAAAAGUACAUUUGGAAAUUCCUGGAAAAGCCAGAGUCUUCCUACCCAGCAAGAGUAAUAGCAGUUAUGUCUUUUCUACUGAUCCUCACCUCAUCUGUCGUGAUGUGCGUGGGUACAAUCCCCGAGCUACAAGUGACGGAUGAUGAAGGGAAAUCUGUGGAACACCCAGCUCUGGAUAAGAUUGAGACAGCUUGCAUCGUCUGGUUUACCCUUGAGUAUAUCCUCAGGCUCAUUUCCUCUUCCAAUAAGUUGCACUUUGCUCUUUCCUUCCUGAACAUCGUCGACAUAUUUGCAAUCCUUCCGUUCUACGUCAGCCUGAUCCUGACCCACUUGGGAACCAGACUGAUGGAGUUAACCAAUGUGCAGCAAGCUGUCCAAGCACUCAGGAUCAUGAGGAUUGCUAGGAUUUUCAAGCUAGCUCGCCACUCAUCAGGCCUCCAGACUUUGACCUAUGCUCUGAAGCGAAGCUUCAAGGAACUGGGCCUUCUCCUCAUGUACUUGGCUGUUGGGAUCUUCGUUUUUUCUGCUCUUGGUUACACCGUGGAGCAAAGCAAUCCAGACACACUCUUUAAGAGCAUCCCUCAGUCCUUCUGGUGGGCCAUCAUCACCAUGACCACUGUGGGUUAUGGCGACAUCUACCCAAAGACAACACUGGGGAAACUCAACGCUGCCAUCAGUUUCCUAUGUGGGGUUAUAGCCAUUGCACUACCCAUCCAUCCCAUUAUUAAUAACUUUGUCAGAUAUUAUAACAAGCAGAGAGUUUUAGAGACAGCGGCCAAGCAUGAAUUGGAACUGAUGGAGCUGUACGCCGGCGAGAAGAUGAAGGGAAGUCCCAAAGAGGAGCUGGCAUGUCUUUGGGGGAGAGGGAAAGGAGAUCCCCAGUGGAGCCGUCGUCUCAAAUUUUCCUACAGUGACACCUUCGUUCACCUCCUGUCAGAUGAACACCGCCACCACCGGAACAGGCUGCAGAGCUGUAAGUAGGUUGUGGGUUUGCCCCCGUUGAGUAAAAGGAUGGUCUUACUUGGAAGUCAGCAAAGGAACUCUUCUGAGCGCAGGUUAUC